CCUAUGUUUCCUGUCCCUACAAACAGACAUACUCAGUAGCUCUGCCCAUAUCUACAGUUGGAACCUCUGAGAGUGGAUGCCAUGACCUUCACCUUGACGCUCCUGCUCUGUCUGGGACUAACUCUGGGCCUCUGGAUCCCAGGGCUGACACGGACCCUGCCUAAGCCUAUCCUCAGGGUACAACCAGACUCUGUGGUCUCUAAUCAUACUAAUGUGACCUUGCUAUGUGAGGGUGCCAGAGGAGCCAAACAAUAUCAUCUCUAUAAAUUGAGAAGCCCAGAUUCAUGGCCCAUCAAGAUUUUACUGGAGCCUGGGAACAAGGUUGAAUUCUCCAUCUCAAAAGUUGAGCCACACCAUGCAGGGGUAUACUGCUGUUACUAUUAUAUCCAGGAUGGAUGGUCAGAGGGCAGUGAAACCCAGGAACUGGUUGUGGCAGGAGUCUACAGUAAACCUAGACUAUCAGUCCAGCCCAGCCCUGUAGUGACCCCAGGAGAGAAUGUCACCCUCCAGUGUGUUUCAAAGCAGAAAUAUGACAGGUUCAUUCUGAUUAAGGAAGGACCACAGAAGCUCUCCUGGAUGCUGGACUCACAGUAUAACCACUUAACUCAACAAUUUCAAGCCUUGUUCUCUGUGGGCCCUGUGACCAUCAGUCAGAGAUGGACAUUUAGGUGCUACAGCUACUACAGGAGUGAACCACAAGUGUGGUCAAAACCUAGUGAACCUCUGGAUCUCCUGUUCUCGGGGACCCUCCAAAAACCCACCAUCAAGUCGGAAUCAGGCUCUAUAAUUGCUUCAGGAAGUCCAAACACCAUCUGGUGUCAGGGAACGUUGGAUGUAGAGCUAUAUGUUCUCCAUAAAGAGGGAAAUCAAAAACCCUGGAACAUGAAGACUCCAGAGGAGUCCAGCAACGAGGCUAAGUUCUCUAUCCCUUCUGUGACACAGCAACACGGGGGGCAAUAUCGCUGCUACUGCUACAGCUCAGCUGGCUGGUUAGAGCGCAGUGAUUCCCUGGAACUGGUAGUGACAGGAAUCCACUACUAUAAACCCAGCCUGUCAGUCCUACCCAGCCCUGUGGUGACCUCAGGAAGGAACAUGACUCUCCAGUGUGUCUCCUGGGUGAGAUAUGAAAAGUUCAUUCUCACCAAGGAAAAUGAGAAGUUUACCAGCUCCCUUAAUGCACAGUAUAUAUAUCCUACUAGGAACUACCAAGUCCUGUUUUCUAUGGAAAACAUGACUCCAGACCAUGCAGGGACAUUCAGAUGUUAUGGUUACUACAAGAAUACACCAUACUUGUGGUCAGUACCCAGUGAACCCCUGGAAAUACACAUCUUAGGACCGAUUGGAACACCCAGCAAGCCACCCUUGAGGCCAAUGUCAACUGCUAUACUGGAAAUGUACCUGAAGAUUCUUACUGGGGUCUCCCUGGUUUACCUCCUGUUCCUCUUCAUCCUCAUCUUUAUCCUUCUCCUAAGAAAUCAUCAAGACAAAUUCAAAAUGUAUGCCCCAAAAGAAACAGAAUUGCAACUUAUUGCACCAACUGCAGAGCUAGUAACCCGGGACAGAGGUCCACAGAAGAGGAAAUCCAUGAUUGGGGACCUGGACUUCCACCUUCUUGAUACCUAUCCCUGUCAACUGACAUCUCGUUGUCUCUCCAGAGCCAACCCAGCUUCUGCAACCCACGAAGAAAGAUUUUAUGCUUCAAUGGAGGACAAGCAGUCUGAGGAUGAUGUAGAACUGGACAGUUGGAGACCAGCUGAGGAACAACCCCACGGAGUGAUAUAUGCCCAGGUGAAACCCUCCAGGCUCAGGAGGGCAGGAGCUGUCCUACCAUCAGUUAUGUCAAAGGAAUCCCUGGAAACAAAAGUUGGACAAGUAGAAGAGGGCAGAGAGAUGGACAGUCAGGCUGCAAAAAAUGAAGGUCCACAGGAUGUGACCUAUGUCCAGAUGUGCAGAAGGACACUCAAACUGGGGAAAGCUUCUUCUCAUCAUUUCCAGGCAGGGGAGAACCCUAAGGAGUCUGGAGUAUAUGCUACUCUAGCAGGAACUGGACCAAGUCCUGUUUUCAAGAACAAGGAGUAAUGACCCUCUGGCUGCCAGGUUGUGUAACAGUGACUGCAAGGGGAUUCUGGAAACUUUUGGGAACCUGAUUUCACUUUUAAGCAACAUUUCACAUUUUGGAAAUAAAACAGGAGAUUUUUCAAUAUCAAAUGAAAUGAGAAAUAAAAUAGAAGGAAUGGUUCUUUAA